CUCUAGAGGCCAAGAAGAAGAAAGAAGAGCUACUUAAAGCACGUGCUGAUGCUCGUCAUAACAAAAAGGCCAAUGCCAUGGCACGAACCACCAAAGAUGUCCCCAAAACAUUUAACAAAGAACAACUGGAAGAGCACAGAAAAAUGUUACAGGAAAAGGCCAAGGCAAUGCUAAGUAAACCUACUACAGCAAACAGUAGACAACCCAAAAGUGCAAAAGAAGAAAAGGGAGAGGCUGAGGAGGCAGAUAAAAAUAAAUCCACAAAGCAUAGAGACGACAAAAGUCAUGAAAAUGAAAAGCAUGUGCAUGGUAGCCAUAAGCAUAAAGACAUCAAACGAGAUAGGCAUGAUAAACACAGAGACAAUCAUAGACAAACUCAUAGUAAUGCCAAAUCUAAUGAAUCAAUAAAGAAUGAAAAAGAAGUCUCAAAUGCAACUGAAAUCAAAUCCUCAGAGGUUAAGGUAAAACCCAAACGUCCACCAGGUCCCCCACCAAUGAACUUCCAAGAUUUACUUAAACUGGCUUCUGUUAAACAACAUGAGCCAGUCAAGACUGCCGUGCCAAAAGAAAAGUCAAAAAAGGAGGCCGAGGCCAGACCAAUGACUCAGGAAGAGAAGGAUAGGUUAGCAAGAACUUCAACAAAAGAAUAUCAAGAUUGGAUUAAGUAUGGAAAACCCUUACCGCCACAACAACCUCCCCCAUCAUCAGCAGCAGACAAAAAAAGCAAAGGCAAAGAUAAAAAGAUGACCCAGAAAAAAGAUUCUGCAUUACCAGAUGCUUCUGCACAACAGAAACAGGCUGAGGCACAGCCAGCUAAGGUAAAGUCACAGUCUUCACAGCCUUCAAAGCCAUCUUUGCCUACCAACUCGAAAUCCACAAGCAAAGAAAAGACAAAACCUCCAGGAACCCCUAUGCAGAAAAAGAGAUAUUUACCUGGGGAUGCAAGAUAUGUGCCUGGAAUGGAAGAAGAUUCAGAGGAACCUCAACAAUCAGCAAAGACGUACCUGCCAGGGGAUGUCAGGUUCAAACCAGGCAUGACUCCGCAGAAAACUGUAGGUCAGCCAUCUUCUUCUAAACCAUCCACUCCAUCUGCACCACCCAAAAUGAAACGUCUGAAGAUGCCAGCCUAUGAUCAGACCAAUGAUAUUGUAUUGGAGUGUGGUCCCAGUAAAGGGACGAUAGUUGAGGAGGAGGAGGAAGAAGAGGAAGAAAAACCCAUGUCAGCUUGGGAUAGAAUUUACAAUGAAUACCACAGAAGACCAGCGUAG